AACACAAAAACGAAGGAAAAAAUCGAAGUGCGUCAAGACUUUUCAGCAUUUUUCGCUGAGGUCCCGGGUAAAUCGGCAAAAACCCACCGUAAAAGUGGUCCCGUCGGUUCCGAAGAAGUUGCAUCGCGUGCGGCCUACCGCGGACACCGGAAGUGGCGAGAAAUCCGGUCGAUUGCGGCGUUUUUCGGUGGUGAAAAAGUGCGUUGAAAGGUGCGAAUUUUUCACGGACUCGUUCGUCGGAGGCCGCUUCUUCUUCUUUUUUUUUCUGGUGGAGUGUGUUUUUCUUGCUCGGUUCGAUUGUGUUUGUGAUUUUCCUCGCACACACACACGCUUAGCGCCCGCCUGCUUGGGUUUGUUUUGUUUUUUAUUCGUCCCACCUUUAAACAAGUGUGUGCUGGGGGAGGGGAUGCAAGUGUUUACUUGGAUGAGUUUUGGCCCGUCGACGUCGUCGUUGUUGUUUUCAUUUUCCGGCAAACACAAGCUGAACGAUGAGCACUGAUGAGGGAGCGGUCGGAACGGUACCGGAACCGGUGGCAGGGAGCAGUGGCGCAGUGACGGCCCUGGAGGGACUCCAGAUUCGGGACGACCUGUUCAAGAGUGUCAAGUACUUCAUCACCGGAACGCUUGCUCCGAAGGUUUCCAAGCUGCUCGAGGAUGGCGGAGCGACCGUCUCCAAGUUUAUGGACUUUAGCACGCACGUCGUGUGUGGCGCCAGCGGCUACGACGAGAACGAAAUAAGCCAAGCGGCUGAACUGUACGAAGUACCCUCAGUCACGGAAGCCUGGGUACUCGCCUCCGUCCGACUGGGACGCCUCGCCUCAACAAAAGCCUACUUUCCGCUCAAAUCCGCUCUGUUCAGCAACCUGACCUUUGCGGCCACCCAGCUAGACAACCGCGACCUCAAGCGACUCUUCGCCGCGGUCACCUUUCACGGUGGCACGUUCCGCAACGUAUUCGACUCCCGCACAACCCAUCUCAUCAGCGGAAGCACCAAAGGACCGGUGUACGCCAAGGCCGUCAGUCUCGCCGGGUCAUCCCUCGCCCUAGUCACUCCCGACUGGGCAAUCGAGUCCCUGCGGAACAACGCCCUCCUCCCGACGGACAUCUACCAUCCGCGGCUCGUGAUUACCCCCAGAAUCUUCAAACAAGCUACCGGGCAGCGCCCGGCAACGCCGGUACAAAAACCAGAACCAGAGAAACCUCUAGCGAGCAUCAUCGGCUUUGAUUUCGAGGAAAACAUCGCGAAAACCGAAGUUCCAACCAGCGGAGGCAACGGCAAGAAGGAGGACGAACCACCCGCGAACGAGCCACCGAAAGCGACCAUAGUUCAACAGACUGUCCAACAGCAGCAGCAGCAAAUUGUCCCGGGAGGACCUAGAUUGGUGAGACCGGCGGGACCUCAACAGGCGCAGCAAAUCUUGCAACCGAACAUGAAUCGACCUCCGCUGAAUCAGGCGCUUCAGCAGCAGCAGAUUCAACUGCAAAAUCAACAGCAGCAAAUGCAGCAAAUUCAAAAUCAGCAGCAGCAGAUUCAGGCUCAAACUAUUCAGAUUCAGAAUCAACAGUUGCAAACCCAGAAUCAACAGCAACAACAGUCGAUGCAAAUUAUUCAGCAACAACAGCAGCAGCAGCAACAACAACAAUUCCAAAAGAUAACGAUGCAGCAACUGUCCAACCCAGCACAGCCUCAACAACAACAGCUUCAACAGCAGGGCCAACCGCCGAUGUCCACACCGACAUCAAUUCAACAACAAAUCCAGCUGCAACAAAACAACCCCCAACAACAGAUGCAAAUGCAGCCUCAGCAAAUGCAACAACCUCCUCCUCCUCAACAACAACAACAGCAGCAACAGCAGCAGCAGCAACAACAAUUCCAAGCCCAAGCCCAACAACAACAACAACAACAACAAGCCAUGCAACAACAGCAGCAGGCCCAAAUGCAACAAAACAUCCAACAGCAAACUCUGCAACAGCAAGUUCAGCACAACGUAAACCAAAUUCAGCAGAAAAUGGCCCAACAACAGCUGCUUCAGCAACAAAAGCAACAACAACUCCAAAUGAUGCAACAACAACAAGCCGGUCAACAGCAGCAGCAACAGCAAAUCAUGCAACAAAACCAGCAAAUGCAGAUGCAGCAAUCUCAACCCCCUCAGCAAAGCCAGAUCAUUCAGCAGGUCAUUCAACCGGCGACCUCCCAGCAACAACAACAACCCGGUGGCCAACAGCCCAAGCAAAACAUUCAGGUCGUAUUCAAGGGUGGUCAACAGCAGCAGCAGCAAACGGCCCAACAGCAGCAAAUUCAGCAAAUCAUGUCCAAUCUGCAAGCCGGAACGCCGUCGGACGGACAGCAGAAGAUUGUGCGCCAAAUCACGAUCAAUCAGGGGCCACCUCCGACGAGCGUUUCAGGGGGGCAGCAGAUUCAGGGUGGCCAGCAGCAGCAGCAGCAGGUUCAGCAACAACAACUUCAGCAAGGCCCACCACAACAACAACAAGUCAUGAUUCAACGUACUCUUUCGCAGCAGCAAAUCGCUGGCCAACAACCUGGACAGCCGGGAGCUCAAAUGAUCCAGCAGCAAAACAUUCAACAGCUGCAAACUGGACCGGGUCAGCAGCCCAAAAUCAUCCAGCAGACCAUCAUCCAUCCGCCGGUGUCGUCCAACUAUCAAACCAUCACGAAGCAGCUGAUUGUGGGCCAGCAAAAUCCGCAAGGGCAGCAGCAGCAGCAGCAACAGGGUCAGCAACAACAAAUACUUCAACAACAGCAGCAGCAGCAGCAACAGCAAAUGCAGAAACCGGGAGGUCCACCGAUGGUGCUGACCCAGGGUCAAAACAACCAAGGUCAGAUGCAGCAACAGCAGCAGCCUCAGAUUGUGCAACGUAUCGUUCAGCAGCAGGUUCUGCAGGGACCGCCAGGCACCAACCAACAGGGCGGUCAACCCCAGAACAUCGUCAUCAUCAACCAGGGCGGCCAACAACAGCAGAUCAUAACUUCGUCCGCGCCGGGUCAACUUCAGCCGGGCGGCCAAAUGCAACAAAUGACCCAACAGCAACGAAUCCAGUACAUGCAACUUCAACAACAGCAACAGCAGCAACAACAAAAGCAACAAAUUGUCGUCAGUGGUUCGGGCGGACCCGGCAUUCCAAAUCAACAACAAAUUAUGCAGCAGCAACAGCAACAGCCGGGUCAGCAGAUGGGUCCCAACAUUGUGCACAUUCAGCAGCGGCCAAUGCAACCCGGUCAACUCCAGCAGCAACAACAGCAAGUUAUGACUUCGACGGCCCAAGGUAUGCAACCGCAGCAACAACAAACGAUUGUCGUUCAGCAGCAGCAGCAGCAGCAACAGCAACAACAGCAGCCGACGAUCAUUCAACAGCAGAUGCUGGGCCAGCAGCAGAGUCAGGCUCCUCAGCAACAGUUGAUCAUUCAGCAGCCAAUUUCCGGUGGUCAACCCCAGCAGCAAAUAAUUCAGCAAACGCUGUCUACAAGUGGUGGAACGGUGCAGCAGGUAAUGCCGGGUCAGCCGACCAUAAUUCAGCAGCAGAUUGUUGGACCGAAUCCCGGGCAGGCGCCGCAAGGAAUUGAGGGAGGUCAGAUUAUUCAGCAACAGCAGCAGCAAACGGUUCCUGGCGGUGAGUUGAUUCAGCAGCAACCUCAACAACAACAGUGGACGCCGCAGAGUCCGAUUCAACAGCAGGGUGGGCAGCAGUUCCAGCAGCAGGGUGGAAUCCCGGCUGGGACGACCAUCAUCCAGCAGACGAUUGUUCCGCCGGGAGGGCCCGUCCCGGGUCAACCGGGUCAGCCACAGUUUAUCCGGUCUACGUUGCGACCGCCGAUUCAACGGCAGUACAUCCAGCUUGAUCCGCAAACGCACGCCACGCUGCAGAAGCUCGACCCGGCCAGUCGUGAAGAGUACAUAAAUCGACUGCAGGCCAAGCAACGCAUGUUGAUGCAACGUCAGCAGCAACAACAGCAGCAACAGCAGUUUCAGGUUCGUCCUGGAGUGCCGGCCGGGGUUCGGCCUCAGCAGCAGAUCAUCUACCGUGGACCGAUGCCUCAGGGUCUGAACCAACAGCAGCAAAUGCAGUGGAUCCAGCAGCAAAACGCAGCUCGCCAGGUUCGUCCGGGCGCCCCGGGGUUGAGUCCAAUCACCCAGCAACAGCAACAGGGCGCGAUUCCUCCGGGUGCGGCCGUAAUGGGACAGUUCUCGGUAGAUCCCAACGCGCAACCCCAGCAGCAGCAGAGACUUCAAAUGGAGCGCCAGCAGCAGCAACACCGGCUUCUUCAAAUGCAACUCCAGCGGGAGCAGGCCCAGAAGGGGGUGGUCGUUCCGGGGCAGACGGGACCGCAGGGUCAAGCGAUAUCGCCUCGCGGGGCUGGUUUUCCCCAGGAGGUGGUCGUUGGGAGUGACGGCACGACUACGAUCGUGCAGCAAACGCUGGUCGGACCUCCCGGCGAUCCCAACGUUCCGGGAUCGCAGCAGAUGAAGAACCAGACCAAGACCGCGCUUGCGAACAUGCUGAGCAACCGGCUUGGGGCGAAUGGUAGCGUAGUUCCGAACAUUCCGGACGGACCACCCGGCGGUCCAGAACCGUCCGCCGCCGGAACGCUUCGCAUGAUGACGGCCCAGCACAAUGCGGCCCUUCAGCAAACGAUGAAUCCGCGGCUGUCCCAGGACAUGCUUGCUCUUCAACAGCAACAACAGCAGCAGCAACAGCAAGUAGUUGGUCCAAUGCAACAGCAACGUCGUACGCUGGGCAACAUUACCAACUCGGGAGCUCCCGCCGGUGCCAUGGUCGUCCAGCAGAUCCCCCAAGGACCACCCGUAGUCAUGCCUCAGUCACCGUCCACCAUGAAAGGUGCCGGCGCCGGUCCACCUUUCAGCCCAGGGCGCGCACCCCUUCCAAGAUCCCAGUUUUACGGCCACAACCCGAACCUCAAACUACACCCGGAACUGUUCCUGCUCGGGUGCACCUUCUACAUCAUCGAGUACGACGAGUCGCCCUUCAAGAACGACGUCGAAGACUGGAAAACCAUCAUCCGGAAGCACGGCGGUGACAUCGAGCAGUGCUACAGCCCCAAGGUCACCCACGUCCUGUGUCGAACCCAGCGCCACGGCGUCGUCAUGCAGGCCAUCCGCGACGCCAAGCGCUGCAUCACCUCGUACUGGCUCAACGAUAUCGUACUCAAGAAGCAACUUCUCCCACCCUGGCAAGCCCUUCACCUGCCCACCCCCUCCAUCUUUGGCAACCAAAAACCCGCCACGAAGCACAACAUGUCCCUGACCGGCUUCGAGGGCGAAGAGCGCGUCCGCAUCAAACAGAUGAUCGAGGAAUCGGGCGCCAAAAUGACCCCGUACUUUAGCAAAUCCAACACGGUCCUCAUCUGCAAGCGCAUCGACAACCAAAAGUACAAGUUCGCCAAAGACUGGAACGUGCCCACGGUGAACACGGUCUGGCUGAGCGACAUCCUCCUCGGCAACCUGGCCGCGAUGCAGCAGUGCGACGGCCCGAAAUAUCAGCAAUUCAACCUGAGCUGCCCCUUCCGCAUCGACUACAAUCUGGUCAUGCAUCUGAUGACCGCCUGGAAGUCCCCGAUCAAUCUGACGCCGGAGUCGCACGAGCGGGUCAAGCGGAGUCUGUCGGAGCCACCGCAGCCGGCGACGCCGCCGAAGAAAGCGCGCACGCUGCCGCCGUUGGAGGCCAUCCCGGGGGAGAUUGUGUGCCAGCGGCAGCCGGAUGCGGACAGCAUACCGCACGUGCUGUUCUCCCAGAUCGACAACACCGAGGGGCUGAUGCGGGCCGUCAUGACCCUCGGCGGUCGCAUCGCGUCCGGCCCGGCGGACGCAACGCACCUGGUAAUGACGCGGGUCGCGCGAACAGUCAAGCUCAUCACCGCCCUCACCACGGUCCGGUACGUCCUGUCGAGCAAGUGGAUCUCGGACAGUGCCACCUCGGGUCAGUUCCUCCCCCCGGAAAACUACCGGCUGGACGUGAAGGAGCUGGACGAAACGUUCCGGUGCGAUCUGUACAAGGUGCUGGAAUCACCCGCCCGGAACAAGCUGUUUGAGGGGAAGAUUUUCUUCAUUACGCCGCAGGUUAAACCGUCGGCUAAGGAUGUGCGCCAGAUGAUUGAGCUGAGCGGCGGGGUGGUGGAGAAGAAUCCGCGCUCGGUGAAGAAGAUUCGCGAGACGAACCUGGAGAAGCCGGGCAGUUACGUGAUUGUGGGCUGCCCGGAGGAUCGGAUCUUCAUUCAGCCGUUUAUCCAGAAGGGAAAGCACGGCGCGUGCCAGAUUUGUACCAGCGAGUACGUGAUGCAGUCGAUUCUGCAGCAGAAGCUCACGAUCGAACCGCACGUCAUCAAGUGGGAGCUGGGUUCGUAAAAGCAAUAGACGGUGGUGGUGGUGUGUACAGAAAGUUUGAUGAUUUGGGAUACAAAUCUUAUAGAAAGUACUAUCAAGAGAGAAAAAGAGAGUUUCUAUAUCAAGGAGAUAUAUUUUCGAAGAAAGAAAGAAGCAAAUAUAUAAGGACGUGUGUAUAAACCAAAAGUAAGCCCGAAAGUGAGCCCGUUGGCACUCUCAGUAAUCUUACUGGAAUUACAAUUUAGGUGAAAACCCGAGAAUGCAUUUUAAACCAUUACUCAUAAAACUAAUUUAACACAGCAGAGCACAGCAUUCAGAUUACGAAAGCAAAUGAAACGAUACGAAAACGUGCAUAAAAGUUUAUAAAAAAAAGUCGAUCGAUAUAUUAUAUUCACUCACAUAUAAAAAAAAAUACACAAAUACAAUGUCGAGUUGUAAAA